AUGUUCGCCCCUACUGCUCGUCGCGCCGCCGCCCAGGUCUCCGCCCAGGCCUCCGCCUAUGCGCCCAAGUACUACAUCCCCCGCACCGUCGCGGGUAUGACCCUUGGCACAGCCGUCCAGUAUGGUACUGUCGCUGCUGGCUUCGGUGUCGCCCUUGGUUCCGGUGCCCUCUUCAUCUUCGGCGAGGUUCCCCGUGUGCGCAACGACAUUCUCCGCAAGCUUCCUUUCCUCGAUAACUACUACGACCGCACCAUCGCCCCUGAGGACAAUGCCUUCUGA